UAUCGAUAACUAUUCAGGUUCGCCUGUAUUGGACUAUUUUGCUACCCACACGUAAUUUCGGAAAUUGCCAGAAAAACCUCGAUCUGAUAUUGAUAUUACUCCAAAAUAGCGCGCUUAAGUCGAAAAAACAUCUUCCAACAGUCAGAUGGACGAAGACUCGGCUUUGAUACAGCUGGGGGAUGGGCGUCUCGGUAAAGCGGUCGAUCUUGAUCUGCCCCCAGGGCCACCCGGCGUCGACGAGAAAAGCGGAAAUAACAACUGCGAGCUUAGGAGCGGUGGGUCGGGAAAGCGCGGCAAGUCGAGUUCCAGGCGCCGUUCUUCAUCCCGUGGUCGGUCGGAUUCCCACAACACCUCGCCGUCGAACACUCGGCGAAGACAUUCCGUGUCCCGCUCGCUAACUCCCCCGCGUCGUGGUCGUUACGAUUCGGCCGAUUAUGGGCGUUAUCCCCGCCGUCGCUUUGAUCGUGACCGACGACGCUCUCCCGAACGUAGGCGCUCUCCGCCACGUCGGGGACGCCGGUAUGGACGAUCCCGAUCGCGAAGCGUCUCGCCCCGACGGGUAGGUCGCUGGUCCCCAAAAAAAAAACCGUCGUCGCCGCAGGGAGGACCACCUUCUCAAAUGACAACUGCCUAUGGAGUUAUGGCCGCACAUAUGUACGGAUCAUACGUCGCUCCACAAAAUGUCUACGGUCACCAAUACGGAAUGCCGCCUGGCUCGUUUCCACCUCAGGAACCGGUGUACGGCAUGCCAGGUCCCCCGCCUGACCACAGCACUUUUGGGUCUGGCUAUGGUCCGCCCCCCACAAGCUCGUGGGGCGUAAACGAGUACGCUCAGCCGGUCUGGAUGAACCAGCCCAUGGCCGGGGUCCAGCCAUCCGCUUCAGACGCCCUGAUCCAGCCACAGAAGCCCCGCGAAAAUCUUUCUGACAAGGAGAUAGGCGAGGAGCAGAAGGUGCCAGCGCUUGAAGGCGCAGGUUUGACGCCUCAGGACGCAGCCGUGGCCCAAGAAGCGGAGAAGCAAAAGGAUGAGCUCAAGAAACAGCGGGCAAACUAUGUGAAAAAGGUAACGCUGCUCAAGAAAGAAAUGAAAGUGCUUAAAGACCAGCGCGAGGACCUGGCGGCCGGCGAAGCACCACCCUCACCAACCACAAAGAAUUUCAUCGAAGAAAACGACCGCUUGCAGAAUCAAAUUAAGAAGAAACUGGAUACAAUAGAAAACGUUAUAGACAUGCUGAACGGCAUAAUUGGCUACGAAGAUGUUGAUGAUGAACCUUCUAAGCAGAAGUCACAUGGCAAGCCUCAGCCUGAACAACAGGUUAGCCGCUCCCACUCUUCCAGUGAAAGUUCGGCAGAUAGCUCGGAAUCCAGCUCAUCAUCUAUUAGUACAUCGGAUUCGUCUUCCGAUAACGAAGACAAAGAAGAUACAGGCGGCGCUGUAGGUAGUCCCACAAAUCGACUAAAGCACCGCGCCAUCAAAUCGAUGAAGUCAAAGCAGCGACAUGGUGAAAUGAAGACAUUACCAACCCCAGCACAAAAUUACAAUUUUGUGUUUUUUGAUCCCGAACAGCAUUGGUGCGAGAGCUGUGCAGUUUUUCCUAAGUCUGCUCGAGACUAUUUAAAGCAUUUGCACGCCGAGGAACACAUGAAUCGUGAGACCAUAGAAACUCCCUGGCAUGUGGGUAUUGACCAUGAUCCCUUUCCCACAUUUGAAAACGCACCUGCCAAGCGCGUUCCCGUUAGGGGCAUGCAAUUUCUCGUGCCGGCUAACGCUUGGUUUUGCAAGCUCUGCAGUGUUUGGAUUGGAGACUUGCACUGCGCUUCCGCUCAUCUUAAGUCUAGGCUUCACUCAAAUAAAUAUCAGCUAUUUAUAAAUCAGAAUCCCAACUAUGAAAUGGAGUGGCAAGCAAACCGUGAGCGGGCCAUGAAUCAACAGAAAGACCACGAUGAUUUCAAGAAUAAAAAGGCCAAGGAAGACGAGGACAAGGCGUCAAAAAAAAAGAAAAGAAAGAGCGGUGAGAAAAAAAAAAAUAAGCGCAAGCACGGAAAAAAGAGCAAACAAUAUACAAUGGAUGCAAACAGCACAUCGUCAUCCUCUGAUAGCUCUUCGUCGGAAGAGGAAAAUGGACAGCAACCAAAGAAAGGUCGUGCCGAACAGCAACCAAUUGGUCAAUUGGAUAAGUCAACUGCUGCAGCAUCAAUACGGUUGGCCAUGAGAAAGCAGGAAAGCACAUCAACAAAUUUAAAGCAGGAAGUGCCUUUUCAGUCUGUGCCGCCACCGCCACCAAUCAUAAAGGAUUGCACAGUUGCUUCAGGACGGGGUAAAUGGACUUCAACCAGUGUCGAAGAACAAAAGGAAGAUCAAAAUAAACGGGAUGAUACCAAGCAAUGGAAUAAUGUGCAGCCUGUUAUAAGUGCGAGUGAAAAAAAGCUGUUGGAACAGCUUAAAGGAAGGCUAAAUUACAAGGGAGUUCGUGACCAGGACAACCAUAAAGAAGUACCAAUAGAAGCGAAUGACGAAAAGUUCAGGCGGGGUGGAGGACGUCGUUCUCGUUCACGAUCUAAGCGGCGCAGUUACUCUCGAAGCAUAAGUCGGGGACGGGAUCGAGAUCGAGAUUGGCGGGAUCGUGAGCGAGAUAGAGACCGUGGUCGCCGGCGUCGGUCACGUAGUCGUGGCCGACACUUCUCCCGUUCGCCUAUGAGAUCCAGCCGGAGAAGUCGAUCCCGUGAGGGUCGAAGUCGACGCAGCCGUAGUCGCUCAAUUGAACGGGUAGAGCGUCCCGUGAUCAAGCAUUCCGAGUUUCGGCCCCGUACUGUACCGGAACGCAAGCAAACAGAUAUAAAGCGCGACAAAAAGGAUGCAGAAAGCAAGUCAAAGUUAAAGUUAUCAAAGCCCUGUAGCAAUUCCUUGCCGGGAGUCAAAAAGCUGCCUUUCAUCGGUAAGAUGCCAGUAUUCAAAAAACAGUCUGUUCCAGCUUCUAACUACGAUGCUACUUCUGUUUACACCAACGGCUGUUUGGAGGCACCACCUCCACCGCCGCCCCCAUUGGGUGGAGCGUCGAGUCAGGUAGUUGCUCGUCAACAAGCACCGACAGCUGCUCAGAUUCAAAUGGCAAUGAUGGAAGAUGCAUUUGGCAAUGCUCCCCCAUUUCAUCCUGAUGCGGGUAUGAUGGUAGAUUACGAAGAGCUAAUGCCAGAUCCCGUCCAGUUUGCAAAUUUAAUGACGAGUUGCCCACCUCCUCCACCGCCUGGAGAAGGCUCUGAUGGGAACGCUCAUGGCCUUGAGGCUGGCGAUCAGCAUGACAAUGAAAACAGCGUGGACGUCUUGCCCCCAGGCAUUGAUGAAACCGAAUCUGACCUGGUACCGCAUCCGUUAGACACUGCAGCACAACCCCGCGACGAUGAACUCCCAAAGGACCUGGUCGAAGCGCUUGAUAUAAUAUUCCCCAGUGACGGAUUAAUUUUGGAGACAUCAAAUGAAAACAGUGAAAAGCAGGAAGAGGUGACUAUCACCACCAUUGUUAAGGAUGACGCAGUGCUCAGUGAGCUUAAUCUUCAAGACUUGGCUAAGCAGGGUAUUCACCUUGUAACAAUCAAUAAAACAGAAGUCUCAAAAAAAUCACAUAUUCAAAAAACCAAGAAGGAUGAAGAGUCACAGGUUUUGAAUGGCAAAUCUGACGCUGCAGAAAACUUAAAAUUAAUUGACGCAGAGGAUAUCCCAAUGCCAAAUUCGCCUCCAGCUGAGCCGUUAUUUGACGAUAAGACGAAAAGCAAGGCCUUCAACAAGCAAGCAGAUAUCUCGGAAAUACCACAGCCGGCUGCAUCGCCUUCAGACAGUGAGAAGUUUCGCCGUCAGUUAGAGCUUGACGAGUUGGCUAUGCUGGGAAUCGACAGCAGUGACAUGGCGGCACAAUAUGCGUUGUAAGAUAUGGUUUGAUGGACUUUUUGGCGGAUGGACGAAUCGAAUAACAAGGAGCCCUAUAGAAAAGGAACAGUUUACAAUUUAAUUUGGCACAUGUGUAUGAGUGUUUUUUAAUGGAAUGUUUUAAAUAAAUGCGCAUAUAUGUACGUUAUAUAUGUAAGAAACCCUAAAA